GCUGGACAAGUGCCGGGAAAAGGGCCCUCGGAGGUUUCGUGUCCCCUCCCUGGCUCUUCAAACAGCACAAGUGGCACCUGGCAGCCGGGGUGGCCACAACUUCCCCCCACCCAUCCGUGACCAUAUAAAUCCCCCCGGCCGCGGUUGGCAAAGGGACAGGAGCGCCCGGCGAGAUGGACGACAGCUCCAAGGAGGCGCUGAUGGAGGAGGCACCCCCGAGGUACACGGAGUCCCCCCGCCUGCCCUGCGUCCCCCACCAGCUCAAGUCCGUCCUGAUCGCCGUGGUGAUGGUGGUGGUCCUCGUGGUGGUCAUCUCCGCCUUCCUCCUCCUGGGGCUGCACAUCACCGAGGCACACGCGGAGACGGUGCUGCGAAUGACCAUCCACGGGCUGGAUGGCGAGGGGACCCCCCAGCGCCUCUCCAUGAGCAAGAAGGAAAGGACCGGGACGUUCUCGGUGCGGGACGGGCUCAACGCCUCGGCCACGGUGGUGUACGACUACAGCAAGCUGCUGGUGGGAUACAGGUCCUGGCGGCACCGCGCCUGCUACAUCACCCGCGUGGCCAGGGACAACUUCCCGGGGCUGGACUCUGUCACCGACACCUUCCAGCGCCGGCAGGCUGAGGAGGUUGGGGACAGCGCCGUGCCCCUGGCCGACCGCUCCAUCCUGGGCACCACCAUCAACAUCCUCUGCAGCACCGUGCCCGUGUACUGGGCGUAGCACCGGUUCCCGGUGGGAUGGGACAGGGAGAAGGGGAUGUCAUCAGUGUCACCGUCCCUGUGCUCCCCGUGUUGCCUCCUGGGAUGCCCGGGCACUCCUCCUCCUCCCUGUGCCCAUCCCGGGGGCAGCCACCCCGCUGUGGGGGGUGCUCCAUCCGUUGUCACUCGGCACCGCGGUGGCUUUCCCACACGGCACUCACAAUAAAAA